AAAAUCUACUUUUUUUUAACAAAGCUGAUCUAAAACAAUGGCAAAGAUCUCCCUUUAAAGUACAGGCGGGCUGCCCUUGGUAUCUACGAGAUUGAGACACUCUGACUGUCUCCCUCUUGAACAAGUUCAAUUGCCGGCGACCAGGCGAGAUGAUAUUGUGAAAAAAGAUAUCUGAUAACAAGCAACCUUCCGAUCAUGCUUCUUGGUGAGAACUCCAUUGUGGAAACCCACUACGAAGUUUUAUCUGUGAAAGAAGGUGCAAGCUAUGAAGAAAUUCGUACAAGCUACCGAUCUGCCAUCUUAAACUCUCAUCCUGAUAAGUUACAGAAGACAUCUGAGGCAUCCAAGCCUGACCAUGAGUCAAGGGAAAGAUUUUUGAAGGUACAAAGAGCUUGGGAAGUCCUCAGCAAUUUGAGCUCACGGGCAGUUUAUGAUAGUGAGUUGCGAGCUCUGAGACAGGAUGCUGUAACUGCAGAUGAUGUUAGUUUGAAUGAUAUGAUGGUUGAAGAUGCUGGAGAAGCCUUGGAGUUCUUUUACCAGUGUCGAUGUGGUGACUACUUCUCUGUUGAUUCUCUGGAUCUGGAAAAAUUGGGGUAUGUAUUGUUGAGAGAUAGGAAUAAGAUUUUUUUGCAGACACCAGAUGCUUCACCUGCAUCGUUGGUUCUUCCUUGUGGGUCUUGUUCUUUGAAAGUUCGUCUACUGAUUAAUUCGGACAUUUGUGUUCCAAUUGAUGAUCAAAUAUGAUUAUUAUGUUCACUA